CACUGCUGGCUGGCCGUUCUUAUUGGACGAAGGCAUUCGAAAAAAGGACGCGAAUCGCGAAUCCUGGCGAGCAACGGGCCACCAUGCUCAAGUCGCUCAAGCCGGACACGUACGCCGGCAUGGCGAACGCCAAGUGCGGCGAGAUCUACUUCCAGAGCCUGCACAGCUUCCGCAUCGACUGCGUCUUCUGCGAGAUGAAGAGCUUCGUGUUCGGCGACUUCCUGCUCCACGUCCAGAAUGUCCACUUUGAGAACGGGCUGCUCAAGACGGAGGCGGCGGAUCUGAAGCAGGAGCGGGAUAGGGAAAGGGAUAGGGAACCCAAUUCGCCCGUGCCCAUUGUGGCGCAGGUGAAUCCCUUUGCCUGGUACGAGAUUGGCGGCGAAAGCGAGGACGAGGAUGAGCGGGGCUCCCUGGGGCAGCAGCAUGACGAAGACGAGGAGGAGGAGGAGGCGGAGGAGCAGCCGACCAUCAUCAAGUGGCAGGUGGAAACCAGCGAAUCCCUGCGCCAGGUUAGAGCCCUAAAAGUGGACUACAAGGAGGAGGACUCCGAGCAGGAGGAGCCGCACUCCAUGAUCAAACCGGAUCCGGAUAGCGAGAGCCGGAAGACGCCCCACUCCUGUCCGCACUGCACGAAGGUCUACCAGAGCCGCAAGGUCCUCGAGCGGCACAUAAUGCGCCAGCACAAGGAGCUCGCCGCCGCCGCCGCCUCGGACAGCGAGGAUGGCGACUACGAGCUGCCCUCCUCUUCCGCCGCCGCCCAGGAGCACAAGUGCGAGCAUUGCGGCAAGAUCUACCAGGGAAAGAACAGCUUGAGGCAGCAUUUGAAGCGGGAUCACGAGAAUGGCAGCACCACCUUCACCUGCCUGGAGUGCGAGGCCCAGCUGCCGCGUCUGCGCCUGCUGGACGAGCACAUGGUGCAGGCGCACGGAGGAGCAGCCUGCGUGGUCUGCGGACGACGCUACAAGACGCGCCACGAGCUGAAGCGCCACCAGCUGAAGCACACCAGCGAACGGAACGUGCCCUGCCCGCAUCCCGGCUGCGGCAAGCGCUUCUUCACCGUGCGCCACAUGCGCAAUCACGGCAAGGUGCACACGGAGCAGAAGAACUUUGUCUGCGAGAGCUGCGGCUACAGCUGCCGGAACAAGGAGACGCUGCGCGUUCACAUAAGGAGUCACACGGGCGAGCGACCCUUUGGGUGUCAGGUGUGCGACAAGCGGUUCCCAUCGCACUCGGGUUUAAGGGAACACAUGGCCAUGCAUUCCACCGAGCGACCGCAUGUGUGCAGCGUCUGCGGGGCGACCUUCUCGCGGCAGAAGGGCCUCUAUCACCACAAGUUCCUGCACGCGGACACCAAGCAGUUUGUGUGCAAGCUCUGCGGGAAUGCCUACGCCCAGGCGGCGGGACUCGCUGGCCAUAUGCGCAAGCACCGGAACGACGAGCUCAACGGUUAGGAUAGAUAGCGUAGAUAGGUUAGGCUACCUUUUUGUAUCUUCCAAUCCACGCCACGUUUUAGGCUUAGGAACUCAGGCAUAGGCUUUAGGAGACACCAAUGGUUAUCUUUUCUAAGUUUCGGUCUUCAUUCCACGGACUUUCAUCGAAUUUAGUUGACUAUGUAAAUAUUAGAUAAACUGAAAGUUGUAAAACCCAGGCAUUCACUUUGUAAAUAUUUUUAGAAACUAAAAAAUUAUUUCCUGUAGACUAAACUAAACUUUGUUAAAGUUACAAAAUAUAUAUGUAUAUUUUAAGCCCAUA